AUGGCGUCAAGGUUCGGUGUUGUCGAUAUCCCUGCCCUCACCAAGCUGACAUGGGACCUCCACAAUCAAUGCCAUGCCGUGACGAAACAUGCCCCCGAUGGAUUCAAAAGGCUUGUGACUGAGCUGGGCACUUUACAAGGCUUUUUACGCACCUUUGGUGAUGAUAUGACCUCACACGCAUCAUUUCUUAAGACGAUGGAUGCAGAUCGAAGACAGACACUCCAGCGAACCCUCGGUACUUGCUUUACAACCUUGCAGCGAUUGAAAGAUCUCCUGGUACGGUUCAAAAGUCUUGAUAUUGGGGAUGGCAAGGGGUUUUGGCAAAGAGUCAAAUGGGCAACACAACGAAGUCACAUUGAAGACAUCAGAUCGAAGAUCAUGGUACACUCGUGCAACUUGAGCUUAUGUAUAAGCUCUAUUGGCAAUGCCUCCCUGGCUCGAAUAGAACAAACGAUGGUUUUGGCGAUGGAAGAGGAUGAGCAACUUGUCCUCAGCACGGAACCUUCUCCUGUCCGGGAAACAGACUCUAUUGUUUCACCCAUGAGCCCUGGUGUAGUGGAAUUACCGGCCAAUAACGAAGAUAACAGUGAACUUGACCUGGUUCAACUCAUUCGCGCCAGGAUGUCGGAGCUGUCCACUGAGACUGUAUCCGUGGACAGUGACAGUAAUGUCAAAGCCAAAGGCGCCUCAACACCAUCGGAGUCUGUGAUGACUGCGUCUGAUGAGUCUAUAUUCGAUGGCACAUCGCCUACUUCAUGGUUAUCAAUCAACACCUCGUCCUCCCUACCCCAGAACACCAUGAAACGUUUUGGUCAUUCUCGAAUGCGUAGCGAGCAGCUCCUUUUCGGUGGAUCUAUCGAUGGUCGGACACUGGAUGGGGAAUUAUGGGCCAAAGACUCAGACCUUGAGGAGAAGCAAGUUGUUCAUCCUGGUAGUUCAUCGCUAGAUGUUGAUUUCGGUCACACCCACGUUAUGGAGGCUGUCAGCUCUGCAAUGCAACGCCUGCGUCAUGUACGACAACAGGAACAAAUCUCUCGACCGAUUCGAUAUGUCCCUCGGAUUCAAAUGCACAGGCCCUCUCCCGAGGUAAUGAAAAUCUUCGACGCUUCAUUGGAAGAUGAGUUGAAAAGUAGAAGACUGAUCACAAGCGAUUGGCUCUGUGUUGCAACAUGGUGGAUGUUGAAGUGCAACAGACACAAUUAUGUCAGUGCUCGGGGUAGUCUGAGUCCCUCCACGGACUCCAUGACCACCAGUCAUCAGGCAUAUCUAGACCUCCUCAAGGCAUCAUACAUCUUAUACGAUGUAGUUUUGAAGGAGGAAAACUCUCCAGCUUUGAUGACUGAUGAAAACCGCAAACUGAUUGCAGAAAUAUCCGAGGGCAUAAACGAGGAGUUGUCGCAAUAUACUUCUGUCGACAUUCCCGAGCCGUCAAGUUUACAAUCCCAGAGCCUUGAAAUCUGGGAGCCCAUGCAACAGGAAGAAAUCUCAGAUACAAUCGUCGAUCUUUCUCUCGGUCUUGAUAACUCACGCUGGAUAUCUGUUGAUAUAGAGGAUGCAGGUAGUGAACAGGAGAAGGUACUCUACAGGACCUUUGUCAACGCCGGUAUAGGUGGGAAAAAAUCUCGCAUAAGGACCAAGAGUGCUCCAUACUUGCUUCUACUAGCAACACGAGAAGGCGAGAGCGAGCCGAAGAUUAUUCUUCGCAACCAAAGGGGCUCUUUUUGUCUGGAAAGAAGCUUCACGUUGAAUGAUAUCCCGCCUCUCAUACAGCUGUUAAACGCCAUCUUGACUGGCUUCCCCGGAAGCAGGAUCUCUGAGCCAGUACCCCUCAACUUUGACGAGACGAGCGUGUCAAUUACUUUCCAAUUUGAGGGAGACCUCCGUCAGCUGAUCGACAUCCCAAAAACGUAUUUUGAAGCUGUAUGCCGAAGGGAACCCGUUGAUGCAGCCGACUUCACUGAAAGUGUCAUCUUCAAGAGCUCGGUAGAUUUCUUCGAGCAGCUCAAUACGCCCAGUAUGAAAACGAUGAAUCCGCCUGUGGUCGCAAAGUCCUGCGAAGUUCGCAUUUUAGAGCGGUCUUUUGAAGAGGCUUGGCGAUCUAUAAGACGCAUGGUUAUCAGUUCUUCUAUCGCCGAGAAGGUACCGCAAACCAUCGAGCUAUUCAUGCCUCUGAGUCGAGUCCGGAUCAACCGUGAGGACAUUUCUCGCCAGGUCCUCUUGCAGUGGUCGGAUACAUGUCAAGCUCGAUCAAACAAAACCGAUGGCAACUACAACGUCUUGCAUUCAUAUGUUUACGAUGACAGUGCACCUAAUCUAGGCUUCCGGAUAAAUUUCUGCACACACCAAUGCGCGGAUGACUUUGAAAAGGCCGUGUUAGAUACGAACUUGCCCUGCAACUUCUCCUGGUCCCAACCCAGCAGUUCAGGUCGCAUAUACGAUGUGGUUGAUUCAGGAAUAGAGCGCAAGCAAUAUAAAGCUGUGUCGAUAUCCCGCAACCGCGCAUCAUGGCGCUAUUCAGACCUUUACUUCAUCUACCGUGAUGCGGACUACGAUUAUGAACACUCUUCCCUGAGCAUUAAUUUCCCCAAAGUGACCUGCACAGACUACAUCUCGACCCACGUUGACCAGCUCUAUCAUCCUGAAACAUCCGUUACAUUUUCCCACUGCGAUAAGAAAUCCAGUCAAAUGAAUGUCGAAUUUACUACCGACCCCGUUGCGCGCUCAUUUCUCAGCUCCUUAUCACCGUUAUUCGACAUUCUCUACUCCAGACGUGUUCAGUCCAUAUCAAUAAAAGCGAAGUCCUUCCUCGGCUUUCAGAAGUCCGGCAAGGGUGGUGCCGAUGUUCAGCUCUGGCGUCGGGGCACAACCUUUCAGCUCGCUGCUCGCUGGAACGACUCUGUUCCUGACAAGUGGCUUACCAUGUCUCUUCCUUCUGAGUUUAUUGACUCAUCCAAGGAUAACAACCGCGUUAUACUUCCACGCCUGCCUUUUUUUCGUGGUAUGACUCUCGAUAUGAUGAAUAUCAUGGCUCGAAGCCCGAAGAAUUCCAAUGGUCAAAUCAAAGAAGGUGCCCUUUCAAUUUUGUUUCAAACAAUUCAAGGUGAGUUGGGUCUGUGUGAGCUUCGUCUAUAUCCUAAACUAAUUACUUCUGGUGAACCUUAG